AUUUCAAUGGAAUAGUGCAAUGUAGUGGCCAGUAGUUUCAAUGGUAAGAUACCGUUGGCCGCCGGCGACCACUCCCACCUUUUAGGUACUGCUCAUUUUACCCGCUGAUUGGCCUUUGGAAACACCCACUACCGGGUUUAAGGCCGAUAGUAACGCCUCUCCGCCGACAUCUCGCGCGAUAUCAUUGGAUGCGCACGAGCUCAAUUUGCAUACGCUACCGGAUUGGCCAAAACGAACGUCCGUCAUUAGGUAUCUGUACUCACAGCAGUUCACAUAGAGCGUGCUGGUGUGUCAUCGUGGUGCAGAGAGGCAGCGAUACGCGGUGAGUAAUGCCGGCCUUGUUGCUUGAUGUCAGGACGGCUAUAGAGAGGAUGAAGGCGGACGCGGAUUCCCUCUGACCGUGGCAUCCUACAUUCAUUGACUAAAGUCUGCCCAUUGUCAACAUGGCAGAGCAAUGGACCGCAGUGCCCACUUCUAAUAUGGCGGCGCUGAACCGGGCUAGAUCAUUGACUGUUAUAUUCUUAAUUGUCAGCAGUUGUCUGAUCAGUAGCGUUGAUGGCAAAGACGCGCCAGAAGAGACUGUCAUCAUUGGCCUCCGGCUCGAGGACACCGACGAGGUGUCGUUUAUGGACGGAGGCAUUUUGCGCGUCAGCGAGAGAUCUCGUGUCAGGUUAAGGGUCUAUGGGCAAAACAUAAACAACGAGACGUGGUCCAAACUCGCCUUCACGGAACACAGCAGCAGCAGCGCACCUGCGGAGAGCCAGAGCCCCGGAGACGCACCUGCCUCGCAUCCCUGCGGCAUCCGAUCCUCCGAUAUCAUCAUCCUUCCUAACGUUGAGGUAAACAGAAAGACGUCUGGUAUUAUUGAAUUAGAGGUGAAGCCUCUGCGAAAAACAGAGAAGAGUAAAUUGUAUUACCUGUGCAUCGCCACCACAACACCUGGCGCUCAGGACUCGUGGUCCGAGAACACCUGGAUCUAUCACGACGGGCAUGACACGAAAGUGCUCGUGGUGGAGGAGAAAAAGUUCCUGCUGCCUUUCUGGCUGCAGGUUAUUUUUAUUGCCAUGUUGUUGUGUUUGUCCGGCAUGUUCAGCGGGCUGAAUCUGGGACUGAUGGCGCUGGAUCCCAUGGAGCUCCGGAUUGUCCAAAACUGCGGGACUGAGAAGGAGAAGAAUUACGCGAAGAAAAUCGAGCCAGUCCGAAGCCAAGGAAACUACCUUCUGUGCUCUUUGCUCUUAGGAAAUGUUCUGGUCAAUACCACUUUGACCAUUCUGCUCGAUGACAUCGCAGGAUCGGGGCUGAUCGCUGUGGUGGUGUCCACUAUAGGUAUCGUUAUAUUCGGAGAAAUAGUGCCACAAGCCAUCUGCUCCAGGCAUGGGCUCGCCGUGGGCGCAAACACAAUAUUCCUGACUAAAUUUUUCAUGAUCCUCACUUUCCCUGCAUCCUAUCCCGUCAGUAAACUCCUGGACCACGUGCUGGGGCAGGAGAUUGGCACUGUGUACAACAGGGAAAAGCUGCUGGAGAUGCUCAGGGUGACCGAUCCGUAUAACGACCUGGUGAAAGAGGAGCUCAACAUCAUCCAGGGUGCUUUGGAGCUCAGGACUAAAACCGUGGAGGAUGUCAUGACGCCUUUGCGAGACUGCUUCAUGAUUGCGGGUGAUGCCAUCCUGGACUUCAACACCAUGUCUGAGAUCAUGGAGAGUGGCUACACGCGCAUACCUGUAUAUGAGGGCGAGAGGUGUCAUAUCGUGGACCUGCUGUUUGUCAAGGACCUGGCCUUUGUGGAUCCAGAUGACUGCACGCCUUUGAAAACCAUCACCAAGUUCUACAGCCACCCUCUGCAUUUUGUCUUCAAUGAUACAAAGCUGGAUGCCAUGCUCGAGGAGUUUAAAAAAGGUAAAUCCCAUCUGGCCAUUGUCCAAAGAGUGAAUAAUGAAGGAGAGGGUGACCCAUUCUAUGAAGUUCUGGGCAUCGUCACGCUAGAGGACGUCAUUGAGGAAAUUAUCAAAUCUGAGAUUCUUGAUGAGACAGACUUAUACACUGACAACAAGACGAAAAAGAAGAUAGCUCACAGGGAUAAGAAACAGGAUUUCUCUGCUUUCAAACCCACAGAUAACGAGUUGAGGGUGAAAAUAUCUCCGCAGCUUCUUUUGGCUACACUGCGUUUCCUGGCAACUGAGGUGGAGUCCUUUAGUGCAGCUCAAAUGUCAGAGAAAAUCCUCCUGCGCUUGCUGAAACAUCCUAACGUCAUCCAGGAGCUCAAAUAUGAUGACAAGAACAAGAAAAUGUCAGAGCACUACCUCUUUCACCGCAACAAGCCUGUGGACUACUUCAUCCUCAUCUUGCAGGGGAAGGUGGAGGUUGAGGCUGGAAAGGAGGGGAUGAAGUUUGAAGCUGGCGCCUUCUCGUAUUAUGGAGUGCUGGCUCUAACCUCCUCACCAGUUCCUCUCUCCUUGUCUCGAACCUUCGUGGUGAGCAGGGCAGAAUCGCUGGCAGGAUCUCCAGAAAAUAAGUCACCUCCACGACCGUUCGGACUCAACCACUCAGACUCCCUGAACAGGAGUGACCGGAUGGAGGCGGUCACUCCCACACUGGGCAGCAGCAACAACCAGCUCAACUCCUUCCUGCAGGUCUAUGUGCCGGACUAUUCUGUGAGAGCUGCCUCUGACCUGCUUUACAUCAAGGUGACCCGCCAGCAAUAUCAGAACGCCCUGAUGGCGUCUCGCAUGGACAAGACGCCUCAGUCCACGGACAGCGAGUUCACCAAGAUCGAGUUGACCUUCACCGAGCAUCAGGAUGGACCACUGGACGAGUCGGCCACUCUUUUGACCACCAACGCACAUAAACCCAACCACACUGCCCACAACGACGGGGCUAUUUAACCACCCUCAGCGGAGAGAGAUGGCGUGAGAGCACUCGGCUCCAUUAGCCUUUCCCGAGAGGCCUUCUCCUACACUGGGCAGCUUCAAUUUGACAUAACGAGUCCUCUCAUCACGGUCGAUUUCAAAGGGGAACAUACGCAAAGACUACAAUGUGAAGGGCCGCAUAUCCCACACAAUGCAUGCACUAAUGACCUUAACACCUUUUGUAGGCAGCGGAUCAGUCAGGGACCACAAAAUCAUUCUCGCUUGAGGACAAACACACUUGAAAUACACACUUCACUUAGAAGGAGCAAGGUGACGACCCACACCACACCUCGACCAGACACGAUACUAGAAGGACAAAGAAAUAAUGGUGCCUUUAGACAGCGCUCGGUUACUGUCAACAAAGGAGAUCUAGAGGCCCCCGAGGGCCCGGGCAACACGGAGCUCUCCCAAAUCUUCCAUUCGACCCAGGAAGCCUGAGCAGAUGCAGCCACAGAUGAGAUAUCAGCGACCAGGAGGCUUGGAAACACUCAACGGAGAUCAAUAAC